CAACACAUUUUUCUGACAUGUUAUAGCAGCAGCAUGUGAAACAGCAUAUGGCUUUAGUCCAACUGCAAAAUUGAAAUUUCAUAUAAGUUUAUCUACAAACGAGUUUAAAAUUUUUGACUGGCUCUGUCCUGUAAAUACAAGCAGGAUUUAUUGAAAGGAUUUUUUGUUAAUCGUCUCCAUGAUGAAUUUGGAGAACAAGCAGGACAAGACCUUGAUAGACUCGCUUGAACUUCUGGGUCUUCUGGAUAAUUCAGAGGAUGAGUGCCUCAGCACUCAGUUUGAGUGUAAACAUGACACUCGAGCGUUUCAUUGUCACAGCCUGAAAGAAACACGCUUGAAGCAGCAGGGCAAAACACAGGCCCGGAGGAGGUUACUCAUCACAUGUGCUGUGUGCUUGAUCUUCAUGAUCGGAGAAGUCAUUGGUGGUUACGCUGCUCACAGUCUCUCUAUAAUGACCGAUGCUGCACAUCUUCUCACUGACUUUGGCAGCAUUUCGAUCAGUCUCUUCUCAUUGUGGAUUUCCUCUAAGCCACCGUCCAAGCGCCUGACCUUUGGAUGGCAUCGAUCAGAGGUUUUAGGGGCUCUCCUGUCUGUUCUGUCCAUCUGGACGGUGACGGUGGUUCUUGUUCUCUUUGCUGUUCAGAGGCUCAUCAGUGAUGAUUAUGAGAUACACAGUGAUAUCAUGAUGAUCACAGCUGCAUGCGCUGUAGUGCUCAACAUCUUUUUGGCAUUCAUUCUCCAUCAGUCUCCGGUCCGUCACUCUCACAGUCACGGCCUCACAGAAGAGCACAGUAACACCAGCGUGAGGGCCGCUUUCAUUCACGUGCUGGGAGAUUUACUGCAGAGUUUAGGUGUGCUGCUGGCUGCCACCAUCAUCUACUUCAGGCCUGAAUGGAAAAUAGCAGAUCCUAUUUGUACUUUUCUGUUUUCGUUAUUUGUGCUUGGAACAACAUUCACCAUCCUGAAAGACAUCUUCAAAAUACUCAUGGAAGGCAAGUGAUUGAUUGGUCUGCAGAUGUAAAUGCCCAGAUGGUUGAAAAAUUAGCUGAAGGUUCAUGUUUCAUCUGAAGGAGUCCCGUGUGGUGUGGACUUUGACUCUGUGAAAGACGUUCUGCUGUCAGUGUGUGGAGUCAAAUCCACACAUAGUCUGCACAUGUGGGCUCUCACCGCGAGCGAAACCCAGCUCUCCGUGCAUGUGGUCAUAGACGAGCAAACCAACCCACAGACUGUGCUGAUGGACAUGACCAGACUUCUCCAGACAGAAUAUGGAUUCAGCAGUAUCACCAUUCAGACAGAGACGCACACAGAUGACGGGGCUCAUUGCUUACAGUGCCAGGACCCGAUGGACUAACAUGUGAUUUUAGCUUCUCAUUAUAUUAAUCUACACAGCUUCA